AUGAGGAUCCGAGUCCGUGGACCUGCUGGACAGUCCGCCGUCACUCUUGAUGACACUGCAACUGUCAAUGAUCUUCGCGCUCACAUUGUCGAGAAAACUGGGUUGACAGCAUAUGAUGUGAAGUAUGGAUAUCCCGACCUCAAACCUCUGGUAUUAGAUGGGUACCCUUCGGAACAGAAAAUCAGAGACCUCGGGAUUAGUCUAAAUGGCGAACAACUGCUCGUCACCAGGAAGGAGGAUUCUGCACCGACUACUCUCCAACAAGCACCAAGCGCCGGGGAAAGCGAAAGACAAUUAUCUACGGCGCAGGAUGAUGAUAGGAAACUGUCUCUCUCGCGCAAGCCGCAUGAGGGUGUGUCGGACGAUCCUCCCGAGAUUGCUUCGCCUGAACAUUCGGGCACCUUUGUGCUGCGCAUCAUGCCUGACGAUAAUUCCUGUCUGUUUCGCGCGGUAGGGAGUGCAAUUAUGGGAGGAAUGGACACUAUGACCGAGCUUCGGUCGAUUGUCGCCCAGACUAUUCAAGCGAACCCGGACGUCUACUCGGAGGCAGUGCUAGAGAAAAAGCCAGACGACUAUUGUCGUUGGAUCCAGCAGGAGAAUUCAUGGGGCGGAGCAAUUGAGCUCAGCAUUUUGAGCAAACAUUUCGAUAUCGAGAUCUGCUCAAUCGACGUGCAAACGCUGCGGGUGGAUCGGUUCAAUGAAGGUUCGCCCACACGGUGUGUCCUGGUGUAUUCUGGGAUUCACUAUGAUACCAUUGCUUUGUCACCGUCGGAUCCACCAUAUACUCACGCUUAUGCCCCUCCGGAGUUUGAUACCAAGGUCUUUGAUGCAGCCGAUCCGGUAGUUCUGGAGAAAGCGCUGGCUUUAUGCGAGAUUCUCCAGAGCAAACAUUACUAUACAGAUACUGCAGGCUUUCGCAUUCGCUGCAAUACUUGCGGCGGCAUUUUCAUCGGCGAAAAAGGAGCCACCGCGCAUGCGACUCAGACAGGACAUUAUGAUUUCGGCGAAGCAAGCUGA